AUGGGGAAAAAUGGAGGGUGGUUCGGAAACAGAGAAGACACAAUCGGUAGACGUAGAUCCCUUUUCUCAGGACAAGGAGGCACCCGGUUUGUCACUGACCUGAGAAGGGACGAAGUUAUAAAGCUAACAGAAAUCCUGCACAUAGACAACACAAGAGCGAGACACACGGAGGAGGUCGUCAAGCGCAUGAUCCACGAGCUGCCAAAGCAUAUGCGCCGUGAUCGCUGGUCAAGAACGAACAAGAGUUUGUGCGAUGCCCAUCAGGGUCUGAACGCAGACCUCAUGGCCGAUGUGUUCAAUCUUGUCCAGAGGGAGGUCGGCCACCACCUUCGCAAGUUUGACGCGUACCCGGAAUUGCUGAAGCCUCUCGAUAUAUUGAUCCUGCAGAAACUACAGGCUAUGCAGGGCAUGUGGGAGAAACCUGACCCGAAACGCAAGGCUGUCCCAGAAGCAUGGCAGUAUGAGACCAGCUGCUGUCAGGGGUGCAUGGUGGCUCGGGUUGCGAGUGACAAGAAUGCGCUGCGCAAUCUUCGAAUAGCCCUGCUCUCUCGCACGCAGACUCGUUCGAAUCAUGCUCCACGAAGACUGAUGAAACUCGUCAACACCUGUAUUGACCUAUUCCCUGAUUAUGUUGAUGAGUUAUAUGGCACAUCUAGCCAGUUUGCAUUCAUCCUGAAGGAUACCCGCAAGGCCUGCAGCAAGGCCUGGUCCAAAGACCCAGCACACGUGGAUUCGAACACAGAGCGCAGGCACACCGAUCAUGAGAAGAUCGACAAGGACAAAAAUGGCAAAAGUGGAAAGUGUGGAAAGAGUGCACGUAGCCAUGGCCCAGCUAGUGAGUAUAACCCGAGGAAGAAGUAUCCCCAGCCACCACCAGUAGUCGCAUCAUCCCAUCCUGCGGAAAGGGCGCAGAAUAUCCCGACGUUGGGCCCUUCAAGGAAGGCUUCGACAUCAUCGUACCACAUGAAGCGAGAUCGAUUACCAGACCAAAACCCGGAUCGUGUGACAAGAUUUAUGGAUUUCGCCGAUGGCGACUAUCAAGGCCUAGGAAUAAGCAUAGAAAGGUGGAGUGCAAGCACCGUCUAUGGACCUCCUGGAAACCCCCCGUCACCUAGCACCGCUAGCAAUUUCUUGGGAACCAUGGAGGAGAUCGACGGAUUGCUUGAGAUGUACAAGGGUAUGGGAACAAAUCCCUACUCGCGAGGCACGCGAGACUGCCCAGUACAUGGGACUAGGGGCGUUCAAUCAGAGUGUCGCUCCCCGUCGAUCUGUUCCACUGACAGUGAUUGGAGUGAUGGAGAUGAAGACCGGAGAAGGCCAGAAAGUAGCUCAUCAGCGAGGACUACUUGGAACCUGGUGUGUGAACAGUCGAAAAUGAUUUGA